CGCCAUCAGUUCCUUGGACCUGGAGCGCCCGGGCGACGGCCAAUGCCAGCCCAUCGAGAUCCCGAUGUGCCGGGAUAUCGGCUACAACAUGACCCGCAUGCCCAACCUAAUGGGGCACGAGAACCAGCGCGAGGCGGCCAUCCAGCUGCACGAGUUCGCGCCGCUGGUGGAGUACGGCUGCCACCGGCACCUGCGCUUCUUCCUGUGCUCGCUGUACGCGCCCAUGUGCACGGAGCAGGUUUCCACCCCCAUCCCCGCCUGCAGGGUCAUGUGCGAGCAGGCCCGGCUCAAGUGCUCCCCGAUCAUGGAACAGUUCAACUUCAAGUGGCCCGACUCGCUGGACUGCUUCAAGCUCCCCAACAAGAACGACCCCAACUACCUGUGCAUGGAGGCACCCAACAACGGCUCGGAGGAGCCCACGCGCGGCUCCGGCCUCUUCCCGCCGCUCUUCCGGCCCCAGCGGCCGCCCGGCUCGCAAGAGCUGCAGCUCAAGGACGGGGCCCCAGCGCGCGGCGGCUGCGGCAACCGGGGCAAGUUCCACCACGUGGAGAAGAGCGCUUCGUGCGCGCCUCUCUGCACGCCCGGCGUGGAUGUGUACUGGAGCCGCGGGGACAAGCGCUUCGCCGUGGUCUGGCUGGCCGUGUGGUCCGUGCUCUGCUUCUUCUCUAGCGCCUUCACGGUGCUCACCUUCCUCAUCGACCCCCACCGCUUCAGGUACCCCGAGCGCCCCAUCAUCUUCCUCUCCAUGUGCUACUGCGUCUACUCUGUGGGCUACAUCAUCCGCCUGUUCGCGGGCGCCGAGAGCAUCGCCUGCGACCGGGACAGCGGGCAGCUCUAUGUCAUACAGGAGGGCCUGGAGAGCACCGGGUGCACGCUGGUCUUCCUGGUGCUGUACUACUUCGGCAUGGCCAGCUCGCUCUGGUGGGUCAUCCUCACACUCACCUGGUUCCUGGCGGCCGGCAAGAAGUGGGGCCACGAGGCAAUCGAGGCCAACAGCAGCUACUUCCACCUGGCCGCCUGGGCCGUGCCCGCCGUGAAGACCAUCCUGAUCCUGGUGAUGCGCAGGGUGGCGGGCGACGAGCUGACUGGCGUAUGCUACGUGGGCGGCAUGGACACCUCGGCGCUGACGGGCUUCGUGCUGGUCCCGCUGGCCUGCUACCUGGUCAUCGGCACCUCCUUCAUCCUGUCGGGCUUCGUGGCGCUCUUCCACAUCCGAAGGGUGAUGAAGUCAGGCGGGGAGGACACGGACAAACUGGAGCGGCUCAUGGUGCGCAUUGGCGCCUUCUCCGUCCUCUACACGGUACCUGCCACUUGCGUCAUCGCCUGCUACCUGUAUGAACGCCUCAACAUGGACUCCUGGAAGGAGCUGGCCACGCAGCACGCGUGCAGAGUCAACAACCAGACCAAGAGCGCGGACUGCCUGAUGGCCGCCUCAAUCCCCGCCGUGGAGGUCUUCAUGGUGAAGGUCUUCAUGCUGCUGGUGGUGGGUAUCACCAGCGGCAUGUGGGUCUGGACCGGCAAGACGCUGCAGUCCUGGCAGAACGUGUGCAGGCCCCGGCUCACCAAGGGCCGCCCCAAGACCGCCAGCUCCCUCGCCGCCAGUGGGAUUUACAGGAAGGCCCAGCACCCCCCAAAGACCCACCAUGGCAAAUAUGAGGUGCCAGCGCUGCCGCCGCCCACCUGUGUGUAAGCAGGCAGACACAGAGGGCAUGCGGGCUCUGGGAGUUUGCUUUCUUGGCGCCUGUGGUGGCCGCUUGGCGUCUGGGCGACCUAGCGUAGCAGGCUCGUUUGGUUUCGUGUUUUUGGUUUUGUUUGUUGUUUUUGUUUUACUUGGGGGGCAGUUCCCUUUUUUAAUAAAAGUAAGAGAGAAAAAUAAAAAGUUUGUACCCUGAAAUUCAGGAUACUGUGAUACACUGAAAAGGAAAUAUCUAUAUAUAUAUGUAAAAUGUAUUGACUUAAAGGGGGUUGGGUUUUGCUUCCCACAGCCCCAUCCCCCCCAACCCCCCAGUGGAGGAUAUCUUGCCAUUUCAGUGCUCUCUGCAGUCACUAAUUUGUGGUCCACUAGUUGACUGGGCCCUCCUAAUAAAUUGGCUGUUUAACCCCUUCCCUAAACACUGGUCUGGGCACAGAGGGGGAUUUCCUGUCCAUUUACAAAUGAGAGCAGUUAAAAGCCCUCCACUGGGUUUCCCCGGGAACUCUGCGCCCUGUUUAGCAAAUGAGCCAUCCGCCUCCUCCCACCCCACCCCCCAUCAAAAAAAAAAAAGCAUUUGAAAAGGCUGCUACCGGGAAGGCAACGUCUGUGCACACCCAGAGACUGGGACACUUUGGAAGUGACAGAAAGGAGAAGUCAGGCUCCAGCCUUCAAACUUGGUCUUUCUUCCCCCCAAAAGCAACAUCCCGCCAAACCACACAUUUGGCGAAUCCAAAGAUGUGCAAUACGCCGCCCCUCCCCCUUCUCUCCGUGAAAGCAACAGGAGACACAAGUCGCCGCCACAGAAAGAGGCAACCAGGGAGCCUGCAAACAAUGGACCGAGAGGGGCCCAGCCCUCUGGACUCGUCAGGGCUACACUCUGGGACUUUUAAAGGAAACCAAGCCAGUGUCAGGCCCUCUGGGACUGGUGUGUGGGGAGCGUGGAGAGAAGGGGAGGCAGCCAGAAGGAGAAGGAUCAUUCGAAAGCACCCCCAGGGGCUGGUUUAUUCCCGCUCUUGUUAAGGAGUGACUUAAGCUUCCAGCCUUUGCCCGGUGUAGUCUGCCGGCUCAGGAAAGGCUGCCCCCCCCCCUCGUGGGUAUCUGUCAUAUAUGCUAUUUUUCAUGCGUCCUUAUUUUAUUAAAAAUAAAAUAUGUUCUUUAGUUUU